AAGAAAAAUUCAGGGUUGUUUUCCAAUGGACCACUAUCAUCAAGCCGGUCAACCUUGUUCUUCAACCAAAGUGGAAAGAAAGGUUGUUGAGAAAAAUAGAAGAAAUAAGAUGAAGAUUCUCUUUUCACACCUCAACUCUCUUUGCCCUAACUAUAAUUCCAAGGAAGCUUUGCCAUUACCUGAUCAAGUAGACCAUGCUAUAAACUAUAUUAAAAGUUUAGAGACAAAUUUGAAAUUGGCGAAGGAGAAGAAAGAAAGAUUAAUGAGAAACAAGAGGUCACGUAGUGGCUGCUUGAAUUCUUCUGGAGGAAAUGGAAGCAUAAAAUCACCAAAAAUCGAAAUUCAUGAAAAUGGUUCUUCCCUACAAGUUAUUGUAACAUGUGGGGCUGAUGAACAGUUUAUUUUCUGCGAAAUUAUGAGAAUAUUGCAUGAAGAUUACGUGGAGGUUAUUUCUGCAAAUUCUACACUGGUUGGAGAUUCGGUUAUUCAUGUUGUGCAUGCAGAGAAUCCGCAAUCAUUGUUUCAAUUUGGAGCGACCAAAGUAAGCGAGAGAUUGAAAAGGUUUGUGAAUGGAUCUAUGGGCGAGGCGCAAUUAAUAGUGCCUCAAUUGUGGGAUUUUGAGAUUGGAAAUGGGACUUGGGAUCUAAAUUCUGUAGUAAACAAGUGUCUACCAAAUUCUAUAUGAAGAAAAAUAAGAGAUACAACAAAUAAAUGCAGUGGAGAUUGUGAUUAAUUUAAGUGUGGUAUGUGAAAGUCUUUGAAUAUAUUGUAAGAAGAAAACUGAACUGAAAUCGUUUUUAUGAAUCUAGAACAUGUAUCAUGGAUUUUGAAAAUUUGCAGAACUAUACAUAU